GCAGCGGUUGAGGCCGACGUAGAGUCCCGCGUUUCUCGCAGCAUUGCCGUAAUGGCGCUCCGAUACUUCCACGCGGCCGACUACUGCGUGCUGGUGGUUGUGCUGGGCAUCUCGUCGUUCAUAGGCGUGUACUUCGCCUGGAAAGACCGCCGCAGCACCAACAAAAAGGAUUUCUUCGGGGGAAGUAGGCAGCUACAGAUGUGUCCGGUGGCAAUGUCCAUGAUAGCCAGUUUCAUGUCGGCGAUCGCCAUCUUGGGCAUACCGGCAGAAAACUUCCUCAAUGGCUCCCAGUUCAUGAUCAGCUUCAUCAGCAUCAUCAUCGCCAGCGUUCUGGCAGCUCAAGUGUUUAUGCCCGUGUUCUACGAUAUGGACAUGAUCAGUGUGAACCAGUACCUGGAGAAGCGGUUCAAUUCUGUGGUGAUCCGAAAGUUUGCUUCCGCCUUGAUUGUGAUAGAAAUGUGUUUCUUCAUGGGAGUAGUGCUCUACGGCCCAUCACUUGCACUUGGGUCGGUGACGGGUCUUCCAGUGUGGCUCUCCAUUGUGCUGAACGGAAGUGUUUGCGCCUUUUACACAACACUAGGAGGCAUCAAAGCCGUCGUUUGGACUGACGUCAUGCAGAUUAUGCUGAUGAUUUUUGGACUCCUCAUUGUCUCCGUCAAGGGCUUCAUUUUGACUGGUGGGCCUAAUGAAGUUUUCAACACUGUCAGCAAACACGGACUACUUGAAUUUUUUGACAUGAGCUUGGACUUUCAGAAGACGUUCACCUUCUGGAGUGUCGUGUUUGGGACCGGGAUCAAUUGGAUGACAGGAUUCUGCACCAACCAGAUCAUGGUCCAACGCUACUGCAGCGUCAGCUCGACUCGCAAGGCGCGCACGGCGCUAUACAUCAACAUGGUCGGAAUCAUAGCAAUAUUGACGACUUCCUCGCUAUGUGGCCUGCUGCUCUUCGCGCUCUAUCAUCACUGUGACCCGGUCAAGGCCUCCAUAAUUAGCAAGUACGACCAGUUGAUGCCGUACUUCGUGAUGGACACGUUGGGCCAUCUGCCUGGGAUCACUGGACUUUUUGUCACAGCCGUUUAUAGUGGAUCGCUCAGCACUUUGUCAUCUGGCUACAACGCCUUGGCCGCCAUCACGUGGGAAGAUUUCCUAAAACCCGUGGUGAAGCUCUCUCCGACAGGUGUUAUGUGGGCAAUGAAGGCGAUAGCUGCCGGUUUCGGUCUCAUCGCGGUGGCCAUCGCAUUUCUCUCGGGAGGCUUGCCUUCUAUCUUAUCGGCCGCUUUCGUCACGACAGGAUCAAUAAAAGGCGCCACUUGCGCCGUAUUUUUCAUUGGCCUCCUGUUCCCCUGGUGCGGAAGCACAUGCUAUUGA